CCGCCGCCGCCGCGAGCUGGGAGCUCGAUUGGCGCUGCCUGCGGGGGAGGAGCGCCGCCGCCGCCGCCGCCCCCGCCGUCGCAGUCGUCGUGAGUGAGGAAGCGCCUCGGUCACUCCUGCUGAGGGCCCUCGCCGACGGCUGGGUUUACCCGCCGCCCCGCCAGCUCCGCUCGUUUCCCGUCCCCCGCGGCCCGGCGCGGGGCAGGCCUGCCGGGGCCGUGGAGGACGAGGUGGUCCGCACUGCCAAGAAGACAGACAGGAUGGUGCCGAAGAAAAACGCGACUGGUGUUUCAUCUUGACGAGUUCUCUGUCAGUCCGUAGGAAAGCUGUCUGGCUUGGAGGUUGCAAUCCCAGGGAAUUUUUCAUCAGCGGGGAAGUCUCCAUCACUACAGAGGAAUCAAGGGAGAAGUCAGUCCCUGGUAAGUGAGAUGCUCCCCCUAAACACCAACACAGCAGUCGUGUACCUUUCAAGGGGUUCAGGGGCAAGAUGGGCAAGGCAUUUCUGCUAACUCUUCUUAAGGAUCAUGGACAGUGCCCUAUGCUACGAGACUGGUGUUUCAUCUUGACGAGUUCUCUGUCAGUCCGUAGGAAAGCUGUCUGGCUUGGAGGUUGCAAUCCCAGGGAAUUUUUCAUCAGCGGGGAAGUCUCCAUCACUACAGAGGAAUCAAGGGAGAAGUCAGUCCCUGACUGGUGUUUCAUCUUGACGAGUUCUCUGUCAGUCCGUAGGAAAGCUGUCUGGCUUGGAGAUUGCAAUCCCAGGGAAUUUUUCAUCAGCGGGGAAGUCUCCAUCACUACAGAGGAAUCAAGGGAGAAGUCAGUCCCUGACUGGUGUUUCAUCUUGACGAGUUCUCUGUCAGUCCGUAGGAAAGCUGUCUGGCUUGGAGGUUGCAAUCCCAGGGAAUUUUUCAUCAGCGGGGAAGUCUCCAUCACUACAGAGGAAUCAAGGGAGAAGUCAGUCCCUAACUGGUGUUUCAUCUUGACGAGUUCUCUGUCAGUCCGUAGGAAAGCUGUCUGGCUUGGAGGUUGCAAUCCCAGGGAAUUUUUCAUCAGCGGGGAAGUCUCCAUCACUACAGAGGAAUCAAGGGAGAAGUCAGUCCCUGACUGGUGUUUCAUCUUGACAAGUUCUCUGUCAGUCCGUAGGAAAGCUGUCUGGCUUGGAGGUUGCAAUCCCAGGGAAUUGUUCAUCAGCGGGGAAGUCUCCAUCACUACAGAGGAAUCAAGGGAGAAGUCAGUCCCUGACAGACUUCUUGGUGUCCACUGUACCCAUGGUUUCAACAGGACUGGCUACCUCAUGUGCAGAUAUUUGAUUGAUGUAGAAGGCAUGUGGCCAGAUGAUGCAAUUGAAUACUGGUGUUUUAUCUUUACAAGUUCUCCGUCAUUCCAUAAGAAAGCUGCUCGUCUUCUGGUUUCAUAAGAGAUGGUGAACAGUGGUAAAAUAUCCAGUUGACCCGAAAUUUCUAGGGUACACUUAAGGGAGCGAAUGAUGGGGUGGAAUGUUGGGGCAGAGUGAGAGAUACAGAUUCUGGUGAGACUGAGAGUCAUGCACAAAAAUUACUGGGCUGUGGUGAAGGGAGAACAAAACUAAAUCAGGUUCCUGCUGGUGGACAGGAAGCCAAAAUGAAGAAGAAUGGUGCAUAGCUGGGCAGUGUAAUUAGGCCCCUAAGUGCUGUGUCUUCUGAUAGUAAUUAUGAACAGAAACCAAAUAAUAGUGACUAAUAACAUGGAGGUGACCAAUCCUUGAGAGCUGAGGCAGAGAGAAGGAAAGAUGGCAUUAUGCCUUGUCUCUGGUUCCUUGAGUUUCCCAGGCUGGUUUGUGACCAAUCUUGGGUGAAAUCAUAACUAAGUCAUUUCUGCUAAGGGGAUCAGCUUUCGUGGGGUCCUUUCUCUGCACUCUGUCCAAUGAUAAAGCCCACUGGUUUAUGCCUCCUGGAAAACAGUUAUUCCAAAGCAGUAUAAGUGAAGCAUUGAUGAAACAGCCAUGAAGAACAUGUUUCCACAUGGCCUCGCACCACCUUUUCAAAGUGCUGUAAAACUUUUUUCAUCCAAAAAUCAGUAACAGAAAAGGAUUGGGAUCAAAUCCCGUACAGAGGUAGUGUAAGAAAAAAGAGAAUAAGGAGCAGAAUAGCAUCUCUUCAGACAAUAAAAUCAAGUUGGAAAAGACAGGUCCACAAAACAGAUCAAAACUGUAACCUAUUAUUUCAAAGUGGGCUAAAAGAUGUUAGGAAAAACAGUGCGAAAGAUGAAAGAACAUGGAUCGAGGAGGGAAUGGGAAGUUAUUGUUUAGUGGCUAUAGAGUCUCUGUUUGGGAUGGUGAAAAAGUUCUGGAAAUGGAAAAUGCUGAUAAAUGCCACCUAUGGGUGUUUGGUUUUAGUUGAUCUUCUUCCAUGAAAGGGUUUGGAGAGAUUCAGAAACUAUGCUGCUGCCUCCAUCUUUCUGAUGUCCUGCUCAAUCUUUUGACAUAAUUAUUUUGAAUUUGCACAGUGGUGAUGGUUGCACAGCAUUGUGAAUGUAUUUAAUGUCACUGAAUUGUAUACUUGAAAAUGGUUGAAAUAAUAAAUUUUGUUUUAUGUAUAUUUUACCAUAAUAAAAAAAAGAUGAAAGAACAGCAUAAACCAGAAUUAGGUAAGAUGAUAGAACUCAAGACAGAAUUCAAAAUAAAAGAAAAAAGUUUCAGAAAUGAGGACUAAAUUUAAAAUAAUACAAGAGUGGGGACUUCCCUGGUUGUCCAGUGGUUAAGAAUCCACCUUGCAAUGCAGGGGAUGCAGGUUCGGUCCCUGGUUGGGGAACUGAGAUCCCACAUGCUGCAGGGCAACUAAGCCCGCACGCCGCAACUACUGAGCCCACGUGCUCUGGAGCCCACGCGCCACAACUGGAGAGCCCACGAGCCGCAAGGAAGAGCACGCACUGCAACAAAGAGCCCACGUGCUGCAACUAAUACCCGACACCUCCAAAAAUAAAUGUUAAUUAAUUAAAUAAAUUAAAUAAAAUAAUACGAGUGAAUGAACAUAAUGGAUAAUGCCUUAAGAGAAACAAACAAGAAGAGGAAAAAAUUUUUUUAAAUCAAAAAGAAGAUAAAAAGAAUUUUAGAGAAAAGGCAAACAUAAAAGAUAGGCAAAAAAGAGUCAGGACAGCUCUGAAAAGAGAAAUAGAAAUACGUAUAAGGGGCUUUCCUGGUGGUGCAGUGGUUAAAAAUCCUCCUGCCGGGCUUCCCUGGUGGCGCAGUGGUUGAGAAUCUGCCUGCCAAUGCAGAGGACACGGGUUCGAGCCCUGGUCUGGGAAGAUCCCACAUGCCGUGGAGCAGCUGGGCCCGUGAGCCAAAAUUACUGAGCCUGCGCGUCUGGAGCCUGUGCUCCGCUACAAGAGAGGCCGCGAUAGUGAGAGGCCCGCACACCGUGAUGAAGAGUGGCCCCCGCUUGCCACAACUAGAGAAAGCCCUCGGACAGAAACGAAGACCCAACACAGCCAUAAAUAAAAUAAAUAAAAAUAAACAUAGACUAAUCAUUAAAAAAAAAAAAAAAAAAAGAGGCCCGUGGAGGUCGUGGGAAUUUGAGCUCUCAUUUGGAAAAAAAAAAAAAAAAAAAAAAGAAUCCUCCUGCCAAUGCAGGGGAUAUGGGUUCGAUCCCUGGCCCAGGAAGAUCCCACAUGCCGUGGAGAAGCUAAGCCCGUGAGAUACAACUAGUGAAGCCCACGCGCCUAGAGCCCGUGCUCGGCAACACGAGGAGCCACCGCAAUGAGAAGCCCGCUUGCCGCAACUAGAGAAAGCCUGUGCACAGCAACAAAGACCCAAAGCAGCCAAAAAUAAAUAAAUAAAUACAUUAA